CCGGGGGCGGGGCUCCGGGGUCACGUGACGCGACGGCCCGCGUGCGUGCUUCCGGGUUGACAGCCGCUCGGAAUCCGAAGCUAGAGCGAGGUGGCGGCGGGGGUGGGGAUCGGCGACAGGUCCGCCUAGUGCCCUCUGGACAGCCGGGUGGACUGGCCGUACGGCAGGACCCCGCCGGGCGGCCCUGACAGCCUCCUCCGAGCCUUCUGAGAGAAUGGCAGACAUGACACCGGAGCCUUCUGGGCAGCUUAUCGUACACUCGGACACUCACAGUGGCGCUGUCCUGGCCAGUCUGGAGGAUCAGAGGAAGAAAGGCUUUCUUUGUGAUAUUACUCUAAUUGUGGAAAAUGUGCAUUUCCGAGCCCAUAAAGCCUUACUCGCUGCCAGUAGCGAGUAUUUCUCAAUGAUGUUUGCGGAAGAGGGUGAGAUUGGCCAGUCCAUCUACAUGCUGGAAGGCAUGGUUGCAGACGCCUUUGGUGUCCUGCUGGAAUUUAUCUACACAGGUUAUCUACAUGCCAGUGAGAAAACCACAGAACAAAUCCUGGCCACCGCUCAGUUCUUAAAAGUCUAUGACCUGGUAAAGGCUUACACGGACUUCCAGAAUAACCCUAGCUCCCCAAAGCCGCCAUCUUUGAACUGCACGGGCACUCCAGUAGUUGUUAUUUCCAAUAAGAAGAAUGAUCCUCUGAAACGGAAAAGGGGAAGGCCAAGAAAAGCCAAUGGUUUGCAGGAAGGGAAAUCAGGACUAGCUGCAGAAGGAGAGAUGCAGCUAAGAGUGAACAAUUCGGUUCAGAACAGGCAGAACUUUGUGUUUAAAGAAGACGGUGUCAAGCUGAAUGAGCAGACUCCAAAAGAAAAGGAGUCAGAGCCUGCUGGUGAGCCAGGAAGAGAAGAGGAGAUGCCGGCCGAGAAGGAUGAGAACUUUGACCCCAAGGCUCAGGAUGGACAGGAUAGCCAGAGCAGGUACAGCAAGCGGAGGAUUCGCAGGUCUGUCAAGCUCAAAGAUUACAAACUUACCGGAGAUGAAGAUGACCAGAGUACAGUCAAGAGGAUAUAUGGAAGGAAAAAGCGCUCCAGUGGUCCUGAGGCCCGGUGUAAAGACUGCGACAGGGUCUUUAAAUAUAAUCACUUCUUAGCCAUCCACCAGAGACGCCACACUGGGGAGCGGCCCUUCAAAUGCAAUGAGUGUGGGAAGGGGUUUGCUCAGAAGCACUCCCUGCAGGUCCAUACCAGGAUGCACACGGGGGAGCGGCCAUAUACCUGCACCGUGUGCAACAAGGCGCUGACCACCAAGCACUCCCUGUUGGAGCACAUGAGCCUGCACUCAGGACAGAAGUCUUUUACCUGUGAUCAGUGUGGAAAAUAUUUCAGCCAGAAAAGACAGCUAAAGAGCCAUUACCGAGUCCAUACAGGCCACUCACUACCAGAAUGCAACCAUUGCCAUCGAAAGUUUAUGGAUGUAUCCCAGCUAAAGAAGCACCUGCGAACACACACAGGUGAGAAGCCAUUUACUUGUGAAAUCUGUGGGAAAUCUUUCACAGCAAAGAGUUCCCUUCAGACCCACAUCAGAAUCCACCGAGGGGAGAAGCCGUACUCCUGCAGCAUCUGUGGCAAGUGCUUCUCCGACUCCAGUGCCAAGAGGAGACACUGCAUCCUGCACACGGGCAAAAAGCCUUUCUCCUGCCCUGAGUGUAGCCUACAGUUUGCUCGCCUAGACAACUUGAAGGCUCACUUGAAAAUCCACAGCAAAGAGAAGCACACAUCAGAUUCCAGCAGUGUUUCUGGCAACAACGCUGACGAGGUCCGGAACAUUCUUCAGCUGCAACCAUACCAGCUCUCCACCUCAGGAGAGCAGGAGAUUCAGCUUCUUGUGACCGACUCUGUGCAUGACAUCAACUUCAUGCCAGGUGCCAGCCAGGGUGUCAGCAUUGUAGCUGCUGAGAGCCCCCAGAGCAUGGCCACAGGCCCGGCUGCCAAUAUCACCCUGCUCACACAGCCACCGGAGCCGCUGCAGGGCCUGAUCCUCUCAGCUCCGCAGGAGCAGGCAGAGCACAUUCAGAGCCUCAGCAUGAUCGGAGGCCAGAUGGAGUCCUCACAGACUGAGCCAGUGCAUGUCAUCACACUUUCCAAGGAAACGCUGGAGCAUCUCCAUGCUCACCAAGAACAAACAUCCAGCUCAGCAUCUGCAGGGGACACAGGAGCCCAUGCCACACCUCCCCCCUCCACUAGGCCAGGAGCAGAGCUGACUGAAGCGCCUCUGACCGUUCCGCUGGACCCUUCUCCUGGGGCACCAGUGACAGGGUGGCCCUUUGGGCCACCCUCUUACAGAUCCUUAAAGAUGUGAGCCAGCCAUUCUUUAUCAUGGGCUCCAUGAGGGCAAGAUCUGUCUUAUCUAUAAUACCAACUCAUAUUUAGCAUUUAAAAAUUGGUGAGGGAUUCCACUUUGAUCUACUAUGUCUCUUUAAGAUUGGUGGUUUUUCUUUGGGGGCAUUGAUUUUAUACUUUUCUCUAAGUGUUGAAUGUCCACAGCCAUAGAGUAUGGUCUUGUUUAGAACAAACAAGGUCAUGCUUGGUUGAAUCAUUAGGUAUAGUGGGAUUCCAUCCCGUUAUUUCUCUUAGGCAGUAUGAUUGCCAUUCCAAAAUAAGUCAGGACUGACUGUAAGUGAUCGCAGCAAUCAGAUUUCCCCUCUAGUAACUUUUACCCCUCAAAGAACACCUCUUGAAUUUUAUCUUUGUGUGUUACAAUGGGCUGACCAUGUUGUACUGAAGGUAGAUUCAUACUCAGAAACCAUACUCAAGACACAAAAGCCAAAGUACCUUUUAAUUGUUUGAGUUCAACUUUGCUUCAAAACAUAGAUUUAUACAUUUUUUAAAGAAGCAGGCUAUUAAAUUUUAUUUUAAAAAAUCAUCAAAGUGUGAAACUGGGUCUAGAUACUCAUUUCAAAUAAACCAGAUUUUGUCAGGUAAUGAUACUUGAUCUUUAUCAAAAAGACCUGGAACUUUAAAAGUUUAUUCAAUGUACUGUAAGUCCUAAAUACACUGCUGAAUUCUACUUGAGUG